UUUUUGUAUAAGUCAUGGUUGUAGCGCGGCAUGCAUGAGUCGUUUACUACAAGGGCAGACGACAUAUAAUGUUUAUUAUCCCACCAGAAUCAACCUAAUCGACCAGAAGAACUAACUGCUAAAGAACAACCUAAAGCACGAGAAGAAACUAGGGACCAGUCUGUGGAAACAGAUAUAUUUAUAGUGAGGAUCCUCAUCAUCAUCAUAAUGGUGGAGAUGAAGAGUUUCUGUGAGGCAGGAAUCUCCAUGCAGCAGGUCUGGGUGGAGGGCGGCCUGACCCUCUGCUUCUACUUCACCCUGGUGCCCUGCGUCCUGGUCACCCUCUCUUUCCUCUUCGGCACCAUUCUGUGCGUAUGCUACAGCCGUUAUGGCACAGAGAUGGAGCCCAAGUUCAUCCCUCGCUCCCGACUCUAUCGGCUCCAGGUGGUCCUGUCGGUGCUGCUCGCCCUGCAGGCUCCGGGCUGGGUGGUUUUCCGGGUCGUUCAGGGAGGAGAGCUGCCGGGAUAUGCGGUGCUGUAUGGGUGCCUCUCAACGCUGGGAUGGAUCUGGGCCGUAAUCUUGCUGAGGUUGGAGAGGAAGAGGGUUCUGGUGAGGGACAGAACCAGAGGACACAGUGCGGUCAUGUUGCUGUACUGGGGUGUAGCUUUCGCAGCCGAAAACCUGGCGUUUAUUUCGUGGAUGAGCCCUCAGUGGUGGUGGGGUUUGGAGACGUCCAAUCAGCAGAUCGAGUUCGGGUUCUGGCUUCUGCGAUAUUUCGGCUCGGGUUUGCUGUUCCUCUUAGGUCUCAAAGCUCCAGGGCUGCCACGUCGACCAUACAUGCUUCUGAUCAAUGAAGAUGAGCGUGAUGUAGAGAAUGGAGCGCAGUCUCUUUUGGGUAACUCUGAUGAGAGUCAGUCUACAUGGAAAGAUUUUGGAAAGAAGGUGCGCCUCUUGAUCCCAUACAUGUGGCCUAAAGGAAACGUUCUGCUACAGCUGCUGGUUUUAAUGUGUCUCACUCUGCUGGGAGCUGAACGGGCAAUCAAUGUGUUUGUGCCCAUAUACUACAAAAACAUAGUGAAUCAGUUAACAGACGGCAGCUCGUGGAAGACUUUAGCAACUACGGUGUGUGUCUACGUCUUCCUGAAGUUCCUGCAGGGUGGAGGAGCCGGUGCGUCUGGGUUCGUGAGUAACAUGCGUUCCUUCCUGUGGAUUCGGGUGCAGCAGUACACUAAUCGUGUGGUGCAGGUGCGUUUGUUCGCCCACCUGCACUCCCUUUCUCUGCGCUGGCACCUGGGUCGCAAAACUGGAGAUGUUUUAAGAAGCAUCGACAGAGGAACGUCUUCCAUCAACAGCCUGCUGAGCUACAUCGUAUUCAGCAUCUUCCCCACCAUCGCUGACAUUGUUAUUGCGAUCGUCUAUUUCAUCUCUAAUUUCAACGCCUGGUUCGGCCUCAUAGUCUUCAUUUGCAUGGCCCUCUACCUCACUCUUACCAUCAUCAUCACCGAAUGGAGGACAAAAUACAGAAGAGACAUGAACACGCAGGAUAACAAUGCGAAAUCGAAAGCCGUGGACUCUUUAUUGAACUUUGAAACGGUGAAAUAUUACAAUGCAGAGAGUUACGAAGUCAAUCGCUUUGAGGAUGCCAUUCUCAAAUAUCAGGUAUCGGAGUGGAAGACGAACGCUUCAUUGGCCUUCUUGAAUCAAACUCAGAAUCUGAUCAUUGGCUCAGGGCUGCUGGCCGGAUCUUUGCUUUGUGCCUACUUUGUAACCGAGGGCAAGUUUCAGGUUGGAGAUUAUGUGCUUUUUGGGACGUACAUCAUUCAGCUCUAUACGCCUCUCAACUGGUUCGGAACGUACUAUAGAAUGAUCCAGAACUCGUUCAUUGAUAUGGAAAGCAUGUUUAAGCUCUUCACUGAGGAAGAGGAGGUAAAGGAUGAAGUUAACGCGGGAAGCCUUCAAUACAAACAGGGAAAAGUCCAGUUUGAAAAUGUCUUUUUCAGCUAUACACAAGGCAAGGAAAUUCUGAAAGAUGUCUCUUUUACCGUACAGCCCGGUCAUACAGUAGCACUUGUUGGUCAGUCCGGAUCAGGGAAAAGCACCAUCAUUCGCCUGCUAUUCCGUUUCUAUGAUGUUCAGGGAGGGUGUAUAAAAAUAGACGGUCAAGACAUCUCAAAGGUGAAGCAGAGCUCUCUGCGUGCUCACAUCGGCGUCGUUCCUCAGGAUACCGUUCUGUUUAACGAUAACAUUCGAGAUAACAUCCGCUACGGACGGGUUACAGCUAGCGACCAGGAGGUGGAGGAGGCGGCCAUUGCUGCUGACAUCCAUGAUAAAAUCAUUACCUUCCCUGAUGGUUAUGAAACUCAGGUGGGUGAAAGAGGUCUGAAGUUAAGUGGAGGAGAAAAGCAGAGAGUGGCUAUCGCACGUACCAUCCUCAAAGCACCACAGAUCAUACUCCUCGAUGAGGCUACAUCUGCUUUAGACACGCAGACCGAACGAAACAUUCAGGCCUCUUUAGCUAAAGUCUGCACCAACAGAACCAGCAUCGUGGUUGCACACAGAUUGUCGACCAUAAUCGGAGCCGACAUGAUUCUUGUUCUCAGCGAUGGGCAAAUAAUUGAGAGAGGAAGACACGAGGAGCUGUUGGCAAAGGGAGGCAUGUACUCAGAUAUGUGGAUGAAACAGCAGCAGGCCCACGACUCCGAUUCAGCCUCCGAUUCGGAGACUAAAGACAGAACUUCAGAGAAACUACAACCCCCAGCGUCCACCGCUGGCCACAAGGGUCACUAAACACUGAAACGUCCACUGCUGUUCAUUAUAUUUGUAUCAUCAUGUUUUUUAUUCUAUAUUUAUAUAAAACUACCUUUAACUAUGUUCGUGCCAGGAAAGUUUAUUUGAGGUCAGUUCUUAUUUCUAGAUUAAAGUGCAUUCAUAACGCUAAUGAAUAAUGUUAUUAUGCAUUGUGUUAAACAAUGCUCUUACUACAAUUACUCCCUCCACUACUACAAUUACUGACAACACAUUUAAGGAGGAAUUUGUUUUAUUUUAAUUAUUUGAGGGAAUAUAAUACAAGGCUUUUUAUUCAUUGUCUUUUGUAAUAAAGAACUGCUGUUUAUGAUUGUUAUUAUGAUGCUGACAGACAUGCAUUGUUAAGUUACACUAUUUUUUUAACUUGACAUAGGAAAAGUACAAUUCUGCAAAAUAAGUCCAUUGUAUUAAUGUUUGACAUUUGUUUUUGUUUUAGUAGGAUUGAACUGAUGACUAUCAAAUAAGCUGUUUUUAAUGAAUAAGUGAUCAUUUAUGAUCAUUGUGGUGUUCAAGUGAAUCCAUUUUGUAGCUUUGUGUGUUAUUGCUUAAACACAAUUGUUUGUACUGUACAGACAAAUCAAGAGUAAGGUGGGACAGAAGCUAAACUCAGGGGGUGAGGUUAAAAUGAGCCAAAAGGCAAAUGUUUUAGUUUGCUAUCCUAGAUUUAUAUUUAUAUCUGUUUGAGUCUUUUGUUAUAUAACUGGUGACAGAAUUUGGGUUAAAGAUAUAUGUAAUGUGAAAGAAUAAGCUGUGGGUGUUGUUUGUGAGGAUUCCUUUAUGUAUAUUAAAGUGCUUUAUACAGUAUGUGAAUGUGUAUUAUUGAGAUGGCAUUAUUCGGUGCACAAAUAUUUUAUUUACACGUUCUGCCUUCAUGCUUUAUGUAAAAAUACAAUACUGUCGGUACAAUAAAAAGAU